GCAGAGCUUAAAGCGCGCGUCAACGACCUUGCGGCAGCGGCAUCCUUAGGUGCGCGUUCCUGGGCUGCGGUGGCGGGUGCGAGCGCCACUUCUGGAACGCCACCGAGUCAGCCACACGCUAGCAGACCUAACCUCGCUCCUGGCGACGUGCCCAACGUCACAGUAGACAUCUCCAGAGCAGAUCGCGAACAUGGCAGGAUGUCAGCGGGCACGGUCAGAGCAGCGGUGGAAAAGGAAAUGCGCACGAUGGAGAGUCACGGGAACUGGCGAUGCCGGGCGGUCACUGCAGACCACGCCACCCAGAGCCGCAUCAGGAUCGCGUGUAGAGACAAAGACAAGCACAAGCUUGUCAAGAAAGCAGCAGAGAAGAUCAGUGCAGGCUCGCGCGUGUUACGCAAUAAGCUCUUCCUAGUCAAGGUUAACAACAUAAAGAGAACUGCAGUGCUAAAUAAGAAGGAUAAAAGUAGGGCAGGAGCUAUAGAAGCUUUUAGUAGAGAGAACAGAAUAAUAGUUGCUAAGAUUGUGUGGCUAAGUAAGAGGGAUGUCCUAAAGGCGUAUAGGUCUAUAGUAGUGUAUAUAACUAAGAAGAGCAAUGCAAGGAGGCUUGUUGCAGAAGGCUACUUCCACACUAGUAGAGAGUCUGGCACAACAAGUGCUUUUAAACACUAGUCACAGCCUAGGCAAUGCUACAACUGCUAGGAGCUUAGCCACAAAGCGUAUUAGUGUAGAAAGACGCAGAGAUACAGGCAAUGCGCUAAAGACAGUCACUACCACAAGAGCUGCAGCAAAAUAGUAAUAAAGUGUGUGCUGUGUAGAGGACUACACAAGUUAUUUAGCAGAAACUGU